AUGGAGGUUGGGCCAAGAGAUGGUCUCCAGAACAUCAAGCAACUGGUACCUAAAGAUGUCAAGAUCGAGUUGAUUCAGCAGCUUGCUGCAGCGGGACUGCGGAAUAUCGAGGCGACCUCCUUUGUCUCUCCCAAGUGGGUGCCCCAGCUUGCAGACGGACACGAUGUUCUUCAGGAAACUUUGCACUCUGGCAAUUCUCAGAAGGAUCAGCCACAUCACUUUCGCUUCCCUGUACUUGCGCCGAACAUGAAAGGGUUGCAGAACGCAAAGGCAGCAGGAGCAAACGAGAUUGUGGUGUUCGCAUCGGUUACAGAGGCGUUUAGCAAGGCCAACCAGAACUGUACAGUCGCAGAGGCACUCGCCCAAGCAAAGGCAGUGACCGCGGAAGCGCUCUCGGCAGGUAUCAAGGCUCGGAGGUGA